AUGGCUCUCUCCCUGCGUCUCUCCCUCUGGCAGCGCCUAUCCCUGUGUCUAUUUUUUGUUGAUUGUAAACUAAUUCACUCUUUGUUGAUUGGAAAUCAGAUUGAUUGCACAAAGAAGGAGAGCCAAGAACAACUGCACCUAAGAAAACGACAUGGUCAUGCACCCGUAGGACAAAUUACUUAUGCUCCAAUUGAUGAGAGGGAUAGGAAGCGAACUGAGUAUCUCAAUGAUAAAAUUUGGAAGAAUGAUGUUACUUGUGUCAAUAUGAUUAGGCUUAGUAGAGCAUCGUUCUUUCGCUUUUGUAAACUUAUUAGGGAUCGAGGUUUAUUACAAGACACUACACACAUGUGUGUUGAGCAACAAGUUGCUAUGUUUUUACACACAAUUGGCCAUAAUGUUAGGAAUAGAGUAGUUGCCACUAAUUUUGGUAGGUCCGGGGAAACCGUUAGUCGGUACUUCAAUAAAGUGCUUCAUGCAAUUGGAGAGCUACGCACUGACUUCAUUAAGCCACCAUCAUCGACGACACCAUCUAAAAUUCAAGGGAACCCACGCUGGGAUCCUUAUUUUAAGGAUUGUAUUGGGGCCAUCGACGGAACACAUAUUCGGGCGUCUGUUCCUAAGGAAUUGGAACCUGCAUUUCGUGGUAGGAAGAGUUACACUACACAAAAUGUAAUGGCAGUCGUAGACUUCGAUCUACGGUUCACAUGUGUUAUAGCUGGUUGGGAGGGAACAGCCCAUGACGCUUCAAUAUUACGAGAUGCUUUAGAACGGCCAAAUGGUCUUCGUGUUCCUCAAGGCAAGUUCUACCUAGUUGAUGCCGGAUAUGGAGCCAAGCCGGGUUUCCUGCCUCCAUAUCGUGGUGUGAGGUACCACUUGAAUGAGUGGGGCAGCAACCCGGUGCAAAAUGAGAAGGAAUUGUUCAACCUUAGGCACUCAUCUCUCAGGGUAACAGUAGAACGUGCAUUUGGUUCUUUGAAGAGGCGAUUCAAAAUUCUUGAUGAUGCAAUACCAUUUUUUCCAUUCCCUACCCAAGUAGAAGUUGUUAUUGCUGCUUGCAUUAUCCAUAAUUGGGUCAUAGAAGAUGGCGGUGAUGAUUUCAUUAUAGCCGAAAAUGAUGACCUCCCUGGCAUUAUCCAUCAAACAUCAACACAUGGACAAGCAACAGAACAUGCCUUCAUGGUUAAUUUUAGGCAAGAACUUGCAAAUGCCAUGUGGCAAGACCGUCAACAAUAUUAUUCUAAUGCACCAUGAGUCUGUAAACCAUAUAUGUACCAUUUUGUUUGUAUGACUCUAUGUACCAUUUUGU